CAACACACACACACACAUACACUCCUUCAAGGGACAUCUAAUCCUAUUUGGAGAAAUCUUUAAGGGAAUAAAGUCCCUAUAAAGGAAAUAUACCUGGUUUUAAACAUUGCCAAUUCUUUUUUCAAAUAAAUAAAUUACAACCAUUAAUACAAAUAAGAUACUCAAUGUAAAGUAAAACAAAAAUAUACAAACUUAUUCUCAAAUUAUCCCAUUGAAUACAAAAUAGCACUUCAAUUAGACACAGAAGACAAAAAGCUGCAGCUUUCCCAAAAAAGGGUGCUUAUCUCAAACGUGGAGUCAAAAUUGGAAUUUGAGACUGAGGUGAGAGCCAGAUCUCUUCCUUCAUAGAGAAGCAGAGUUGUAGCUUCAAGAGAAACUUUCUUCCAGGUGGAAAAAAAAAUCUCACCAGGGCGCUCUCAAGAAAGGGGUGAUUCCCCAGGGGACCUACGGAGGAUCAAUUUCUCUCCUCCACUCUCACAACUACCACCUAACUAUCUCAAGUAAAAUUCAGCAAAAAUAAACUGAGGCAAAUUUCUUUGAGCAAGAUAGUUUUUUAUUAGUAGGGCACAAGUUUAUGAACAAAAUAGGUCAUUAACCGCCUCAGUUUCUAGGUCAAACAUCAUGAAAUGAAGACUGACACAUUUUUAUAAUAUUAGGACAAAGAACAGACCUGAAUAGAAGACAUUAUAGGGUUGAAGACAACAUGACUGGCUACAUAGCUGAGGUGUAGGGAAUAAUAUGAUUGAUUGGAAGUUGGGAAUAAUGGCUAGCAACAAUCUCCUCCUUCCCUUCUUGUAACUAAGAAUGAAUUAAGUUUAUUGUUUGAGUCCACCAGACAGGUCAAAAGAUAUUGGACCAAACUUGAUUGUGAAUCCCACUAUAGAACUCAUAUUUCCCCUUGUUAAUUCACAUAAUAAAUAGUAUAACUUUGUAAUCUGUGAUGGAUGUCUUGUUAUGGUUUUUCCAUGUUGUGAACUGAAUCGAUUAUGAUAUUUUUGCAUAAUCUUUUUUUUCAAUUUAUUGUUCUCCCAAAUCUAUUUCUAUGUACCCUUUCUGGUGCCCUUUAUACUUUCAAUAUUGUUUAAAUUUAUCACUAUUUUGAAAUUGUGAUAGUUAUUACAUACUGUGUAUGGUUGAUGCUUUCCUAUCCAUAAAUGCUAGCGCAACUUGGCUUGGCCACUCUACCAAAGGAUCUGGGGCACAAAAAGGUUGAGAAUCUUUGAUCUUGUCCAACCUGCAGUUUUUAGAUGUGAAAAAUGAGACCCAGAAGGGCAAUGUGGCUUCUUCAGGAUCACACAGAUAAUAAAUGAGGGGAAAAAAAUCAAGGUCCUCUGGUUCCAAAUUUAGUUUUUAAAUUAUUGGCAUAUUUUAUUUUGGCAAGAGAAUUGUUUCCUGACAAAUAAGCAGACUCCCUUACAAAGUAUAUUACACAAAAUGUUAAUCAAUCAGUGUAUAUAAAAUCAUGAAAUCAUAGAAGGGGCUUCAGAGAGCAUCUAUUCCAACUUCUUUAUUUCACAGAUGAGAGAACUGAGGCCAUACUUGCCCAAGUUCUGACAGGUAGUACUGGCAGAGCCAGGACUCCCCUUAUGCCUUGUGAUUGAAGAUGCAGCUAUCCCUGAACCAGUCUGCUUCCUUUAACUUGAAUUAGUGGACAUUGAUAUUAGCAUUGACCAGAGUUUUGUUGCCCAUGGUUAAAAUCUCCAGGAGAAAGAGAAAGUCCACUCCAGCCUUCAGAGUUCAGCCUUCCCAUUUAGGCCCUUCAGAUAUAGGAGAGAGAGAAGAAGAAGAAGAAGAAGAAGAAGAAGAAGAAGAAGAAGAAGAAGAAGAAGAAGAAGAAGAAGAAGAAGAAGAAGAAGAAGAAGAAGAAGAAGAAGAAGAAGAAGAAGAAGAAGAAGAAGAAGAAGAAGAAGAAGAAGAAGAAGAAGAAGAAGAAGAAGAAGAAGAAGAAGAAGAAGAAGAAGAAGAAGAAGAAGAAGAAGAAGAAGAAGAAGAAGAAGAAGAAGAAGAAGAAGAAGAAGAAGAAGAAGAAGAAGAAGAAGAAGAAGAAGAAGAAGAAGAAGAAGAAGAAGAAGAAGAAGAAGAAGAAGAAGAAGAAGAAGAAGAAGAAGAAGAAGAAGAAGAAGAAGAAGAAGAAGAAGAAGAAGAAGAAGAAGAAGAAGAAGAAGAAGAAGAAGAAGAAGAAGAAGAAGAAGAAGAAGAAGAAGAAGAAGAAGAAGAAGAAGAAGAAGAAGAAGAAGAAGAAGAAGAAGAAGAAGAAGAAGAAGAAGAAGAAGAAGAAGAAGAAGAAAAAGAAGAAGAAGAAGAAGAAGAAGAAGAAGAAGAAGAAGAAGAAGAAGAAGAAGAAGAAGAAGAAGAAGAAGAAGAAGAAGAAGAAGAAGAAGAAGAAGAAGAAGAAGAAGAAGAAGAAGAAGAAGAAGAAGAAGAAGAAGAAGAA